GCCGCAUUCCUGCAAAAAACACCUCGACGGUGAUUGGCCGGCCGGGUACUUGCGGUGACCCUCUUAACCGACUGCUGACUUUCUUUCCGCCUCAAAACAGAACUCAACCUCCCGAGUCACAUCAAUUCCCAACCUACUUGACAAUUUGCAUUCCCUCUCCACUAGAUCACAUCAGAUCCUAUGAGAACUUAGGGCUUUGUUACUUCUAUCAUUGCAUAGAGCCUUUGAACACCUCAUAUUUAUAUCUACAGUCAUCAUGUCCUUCUGCAGAGUUACGGUUCGCUCUCCAGUGACAUCAUCCACAACGAUGUUGCGCUGUGUGAGAAAUCCCUACAAGACCCCGGCCCAUCGUCUGUUCUCCUCAUAUGGAAAUGCCCACCGGUCUUCCAAGCGCGACAUGCAGACCGCUACUGCGUAUCGCCCACAUUCCUUGCCGACCGCUUUUCCACCUCCCCGGAGCGGCGGAAGUUACGACACCUCUAUCUCGGCAGACUUCCCUCCGCUCCGAGACACAUCGGCACAGCAGCAAGGAGUCUUUUCAAAUGUUAGCCUCAGAGAGAAUGAGGCACAGAAGUCCAAGCCCGUCGAGUCGACUGCUCCCGCCUCGAAACCCGCGGAAAAGCCUCGGAGGAAGCUACGUGCACGGAAAGCGGCCAUGAAGUUAUCACCUGAGGCUAUUGUGCAACUCCGUAAGCUACUGUCUCAGCCGGACCCGAAAUUGAUCCGAGUGGGCGUAAGGAACCGUGGCUGCUCGGGCCUCGCCUACCAUCUUGAAUACGUGGAGAAGCCGGGUACCUUCGAUGAAGUUGUGGAACAGGAUGGCGUCAAGGUUUUGAUUGACAGCAAGGCGCUGUUCAGCAUCAUCGGUAGCGAGAUGGAUUGGCAAGAAGAUAAAUUGAGCAGGAAAUUCAUCUUCAAGAACCCAAAUAUCAAGGAAUCAUGUGGAUGCGGUGAAUCCUUCAUGGUUUAGAUUACGAUUCCGAUCUUUCUUUUACGGCCUUUUGGAAUUAUCAACGGUGCAUCGGACGGCGUUCUUACGGAUUGUUCUCUCCUGGGAUUAUCGAGUCUCCCCUUUUUCCUUGUUGAAUACAUCAGUGAUUCCCGGGUUAUAAAGCCCACAUCGUGUAAUACAUACUGUUUUCUUUUCUUCCUGUAUGUCAAGGACUUGACCUUGGCUGUUCGACCUAUGCGCAGUGUGCGUACUGAGUGACUCUGUGCUCGCUUUUCCCUUUGUUUACUAUCAAUAAAGAUAUCAAAUUCAAUGACAAAAAACUCUUGAAACACUCCUUCAUGUGUAUAAAAAUUUAUUUGCUCUGGAAGCUUCUGAUAUCAGAUGGGGAUGUUAAACGCA